AGCUGCCUGCGACGCGCGGCGGCGCCCCCGGCCGCCUGCUUUCCCCGCGGCGCGCGCGGACCGGCCGGAGGGCGCCGGGGCCCCGGGUCGGGUCGACUGCGGGGGCGCCCUUCCGCCCCGCGGCCCCGUUCCCCCCCGCAGCUCGCGACGGCGGCGGCGCCGAGCCCCAGAGUUGGAAGUCUUUGGAGACAAGACAGAGAGCUCACAGAGUUACAAGGGAUCGAUAUUAAAGUUCCAGAAGGCAAGCAUCGGCGAUCAUCAUAGUUAGAGGUGGACGGGAAUUCAUCUCUCGGUGACUCAUGCCAACAGUUAUCUUGAUAGAACGAACAUCUGUUACCGUAAUUACUGCUGCUUUUCUUUCAUGCUCAUCUCAUGAACAAGGUGAGACACCCCUUCUGCACCCACAGGGUUGUGGGUGCGAUCACUGGUGCUCACGAUAGAACGAACAUCUGUUACCGUAAUUACUGCUGCUGUUCUUUCCUGCUCAUCUCGUGAACAAGCUUUGUAGGAAGCUAACCUCCAAGAGGCAGACGGGAUGGCUAGCUCAGCCCGGGAGCACCUGCUUUUUGUGCGGCGUCGAAAUCCCCAGAUGCGGUACACACUGAGCCCAGAGAACCUCCAGAGCCUGGCUUCCCAGAGCUCCAUGCCGGAGAACAUGACCCUACAGAGGGCGAACAGCGACACAGACCUGGUGACUUCCGAGAGCCGCUCCAGCUUGACUGCGAGCAUGUACGAGUACACGCUGGGGCAAGCCCAGAACCUCAUUAUCUUCUGGGAUAUUAAAGAGGAGGUGGACCCCAGUGAUUGGAUUGGACUUUAUCAUAUAGAACCAAAAUCUCUGGAAGAGCAGCCCAGGAAUCUGCAUUUUAAAGAAGCCUUCAGGAUAUUUAGAGUGAGCAAUGGAGUUGGGCAAUCAUUGCUGUGGAGAAUCAAUCAUCUAAAGGGAAAAGUGGCCAAUGAUGAUUUGUUUCCUAGUGAGUGUGCAGGACAUGUUGAUGAGAAUUCUCCAGCCAACUUCUGGGAUUCUAAAAACAGGGGUGUGACUGGAACCCAAAAAGGGCAAAUUGUAUGGAGAAUUGAGCCUGGGCCCUAUUUCAUGGAACCGGAGAUAAAAAUCUGUUUUAAGUACUACCACGGCGUUAGUGGAGCCCUUCGUGCCACCACCCCUUGCAUCACCGUGAAGAACCCGGCUGUGAUGAUGGGGGCAGAAGGCAUGGAAGGAGGUGCUUCUGGAAAUCAACAUUCUCGGAAACUAGUUAGCUUUACCUUGUCAGAUCUUAGAGCAGUUGGGCUAAAGAAAGGGAUGUUCUUCAAUCCUGACCCUUAUCUUAAGAUGUCCAUUCAGCCAGGGAAGAAGAGCAGUUUCCCCACCUGUGCGCACCAUGGGCAGGAGAGAAGGUCUACUAUCAUCAGUAACACCACUAAUCCAAUUUGGCACCGAGAGAAAUAUUCCUUUUUUGCACUUCUUACUGAUGUCUUAGAAAUUGAAAUUAAAGACAAAUUUGCCAAGAGCCGUCCCAUCAUCAAGCGUUUUCUGGGGAAACUAACCAUUCCAGUCCAGAGAUUGCUGGAGCGGCAAGCCAUUGGCGACCAAAUGCUCAGCUACAACCUUGGCCGCAGGCUCCCAGCUGACCACGUGAGCGGGUACCUCCAGUUUAAAGUGGAGGUUACGUCUUCUGUGCACGAAGAUGCUUCUCCAGAAGCUGUUGGCACAAUACUUGGGGUCAAUACUGUAAAUGGAGACCUAGGAAGCCCUUCUGAUGAGGAGGACAUGCCCGGGGGCCAUCAUGACAGCCCCGUUUGUUCUAAUGGACCAGUUUCUGAGGACAGUGCUGCUGAUGGGACGCCCAAGCAUUCUCUCAGGACUAGCUCUACUCUGGAAAUAGACACAGAGGAAUUAACCUCUACUUCUUCAAGGACCUCACCUCCCCGAGGACGUCAGGAUUCACUCAAUGAUUACUUAGAUGCGAUUGAACACAAUGGCCAUUCCAGGCCGGGCCCAGCCACCUGCUCGGAGAGGUCCAUGGGAGCCUCUCCAAAACUAAGGAGUAGUUUUCCCACUGACACAAGACUCAAUGCAAUGCUUCAUAUCGACUCAGAUGAGGAAGACCACGAGUUCCAGCAAGACCUAGGAUAUCCAUCUUCCUUGGAGGAGGAGGGAGGGCUAAUAAUGUUUGGCACGGCAUCGAGAACUGAUGAUGUGAGCCUGACAUCACAGACAAAGCCAGAAGACAACCCAGUGGAGGUGGAGGAAGCCCCCACAAAUGAAGCCGCUUCCUUCGAGGAUAAGCCAGAACAUCUUCCAGAGCUGGCAGAGGCCUCCUUACCCCCAGGCCCAGUCCCAGAUGAAAGCGAAAAUGGCCCAGAGUCUCAACCAAGUGCUGACCAGGGCAGCACCGAAUUGUGUGGCUCUCAGGAGGUGGAUCAGCCCACGAGUGGGGCAGACACGGGGACUUCCGACACGUCAGGAGGAAGCCGCAGAGCCAUCAGUGAGACUGAGUCCCUGGAUCAGGGGUCUGAGCCUUCCCAGGUAUCCUCUGAAACAGAGCCCAGUGACCCUGCCAGGACAGAGAGCGUGAGCGAGGCCAGCACGCGGCCGGAGGGCGAGAGCGACCUGGAAGGCGCCGACAGCUCCUGCAAUGAGAGCGUUACCACACAGCUCUCCUCGGUGGACACGCGGUGCUCGUCUCUUGAGAGCGCACGCCUUCCCGAAACCCCGGCCUUUUCCUCUCAGGAGGAGGAAGAUGGAGCCUGCGCAGCAGAACCCAUCAGCAGCGGCCCCGCGGAAGGGUCGCAGGAUUCCAUACGCACUCCCAGUGCUUUGCCGGUGGUGCAGGCGCCCAGUGGAGAGGAGGAAAGGCCAGGGGCAGACUCGGCCCCUCUGCCUCACCAGGAGGAGGUGGGGGAGGUCUGGCAGCGGCGGGGGAGCCUGGAGGGAGCUGCUGCUGCCGAGAGCCAGCCCCAAGGAGCGGGUGAUGCCGGGGCUGCCCACGGGGCUUGUGAAGGGGCCACUGCCCAGGAGGAGGGCGCCACCGGAGGUUCUCAGGCCAAUGGCCACCAGCCAUUGAGAUCGCUGCCUUCGGUGCGCCAAGAUGUUAGCCGCUACCAGAGGGUGGACGAGGCUCUUCCACCAAACUGGGAGGCACGCAUUGACAGCCAUGGCAGGAUCUUCUACGUGGAUCACGUCAACAGAACCACCACGUGGCAGCGGCCAACAGCGCCCCCGGCCCCCCAGGUGCUGCAGAGGUCCAACUCCAUACAGCAAAUGGAGCAGCUGAACCGGAGGUACCAGAGUAUCCGCAGAACCAUGACUAACGAGAGGCCUGAGGAAAAUACCAACGCUAUCGAUGGGGCAGGGGAGGAAGCUGACUUUCACCAAGCCAGUGCAGAUUUCCGACGGGAGAACGUCCUGCCCCACUCUACCUCUAGAUCCAGGCUCACGUUGCUGUUACAGUCUCCCCCUGUGAAGUUCCUCAUCAGCCCAGAGUUCUUCACCGUGCUGCAUUCUAACCCUAGUGCCUACCGCAUGUUUACAAACAAUACGUGUUUGAAGCACAUGAUCACCAAAGUCCGGCGGGACGCCCACCACUUUGAGCGCUACCAGCAUAACCGAGAUCUUGUGGGAUUCCUCAACAUGUUCGCCAACAAACAGUUGGAGCUGCCAAGGGGCUGGGAGAUGAAACACGAUCAUCAGGGCAAGGCAUUUUUUGUCGACCACAACUCCCGCACCACCACUUUUAUCGACCCCCGGCUCCCGCUCCAGAGCAGUAGACCCACGAGCGCGCUGGUUCAUCGGCAGCACCUGACGAGGCAACGCAGCCACAGCGCCGGCGAGGUAGGAGAAGAUUCUCGACAUACAGGCCCACCAGUUCUUCCCAGGCCAUCGAGUACGUUCAAUACAGUCAGUAGGCCACAGUACCAGGAUAUGGUUCCAGUGGCUUACAAUGACAAGAUUGUUGCAUUUCUGCGCCAACCCAACAUCUUUGAAAUUCUACAGGAGCGUCAACCUGAUCUUACCAGGAAUCAUUCACUCAGGGAGAAGAUCCAAUUUAUCCGAACUGAAGGGACCCCAGGAUUGGUGCGUCUUUCAAGUGAUGCAGACCUUGUUAUGUUGCUGAGUUUAUUUGAAGAAGAGAUAAUGUCUUAUGUGCCUCCACAUGCCUUACUUCACCCCAGCUACUGUCAGUCCCCCCGUGGCUCCCCCGUGUCCUCUCCCCAGAACUCGCCGGGUACUCAGCGUGCCAAUGCCCGGGCUCCAGCCCCUUACAAGCGAGACUUUGAAGCCAAGCUAAGGAACUUUUACAGGAAGUUAGAGACUAAAGGAUACGGACAAGGCCCAGGGAAAUUGAAGUUAAUUAUCAGAAGAGAUCACUUACUAGAAGAUGCUUUUAAUCAGAUCAUGGGCUACUCCAGAAAAGACUUGCAGAGAAAUAAGCUGUACGUCACAUUUGUCGGGGAGGAAGGGCUGGAUUACAGUGGACCUUCCAGAGAGUUUUUCUUCCUCGUAUCCAGAGAACUCUUUAACCCGUACUAUGGCUUAUUUGAAUAUUCGGCCAAUGAUACAUACACAGUACAAAUAAGUCCCAUGUCUGCUUUCGUAGACAAUCACCAUGAAUGGUUCCGGUUCAGUGGUAGGAUUCUUGGUCUUGCACUCAUACACCAGUAUUUGUUGGAUGCCUUCUUCACACGGCCCUUUUAUAAAGCUCUUCUCAGAAUUCUGUGUGACCUGAGUGAUCUAGAAUACCUUGAUGAAGAGUUCCACCAGAGCCUGCAGUGGAUGAAAGACAAUGACAUCCAUGACAUCUUGGAUCUUACAUUCACUGUGAAUGAAGAAGUUUUUGGGCAGAUUACCGAACGAGAAUUAAAACCAGGGGGUGCCAAUAUCCCGGUCACAGAGAAGAACAAGAAGGAGUACAUCGAGAGGAUGGUGAAAUGGAGGAUUGAGAGGGGCGUCGUACAGCAAACAGAGAGCUUAGUGCGCGGCUUCUAUGAGGUGGUGGAUGCCAGGCUGGUGUCUGUUUUUGAUGCAAGAGAACUGGAACUGGUCAUCGCAGGCACAGCUGAAAUCGACCUGAGUGACUGGAGAAACAACACGGAAUAUAGAGGAGGAUAUCAUGACAAUCAUAUUGUAAUUCGGUGGUUCUGGGCUGCCGUGGAAAGAUUCAACAAUGAACAACGACUAAGGUUGUUACAGUUUGUCACAGGCACAUCCAGCAUUCCCUAUGAAGGAUUUGCUUCUCUCCGAGGGAGUAAUGGCCCAAGAAGAUUCUGUGUGGAGAAAUGGGGGAAAAUCACUGCUCUUCCCAGAGCUCACACUUGUUUUAACCGUCUGGAUCUCCCCCCGUACCCAUCCUUCUCCAUGCUUUAUGAAAAACUCUUGACAGCAGUGGAAGAGACCAGCACUUUUGGACUUGAGUGACCUGGAAAAGUGAGAUCGGGCUCCGUAUGGACAGGCAAUUUCAAAAGCUGCCCUCUCGAAGAAUGGCUGACCAUUGGAAGUUUGAAGAGUACACUUCCAUUAGAGUAAAGCUGAAUGCUCUGAUUUUCCAGGAACACACACUCUGUCACAUUUGGGGACCGGAUAGUGGUGAUGAGUCCUCUUGGAAGGAUUGGGGUGAGCUUGAUGCCCAGGGAACAACCCAACAGUCUUUCAAUCAACAGUUGUUGACUGCCAAACUUUUUUCCAUUUGUGUUAUGUUCCAAGACAAAGAUGAACCUGUACACGAUCAGUUCCACAGUCACUUUUAGGGACUCAGGAGAAUCUUGAAACUUACCCCUGAACGUGGAUCCAGCCAAACUGGCAGCACUUGGCCCAAUCUCCAAAUUAGCGCAGGUUAAAUAAUAUAAUAAAAACCAGUAUGUCUCCUGAAAGUACAUUCACUGAAGCCCUAAGUUAUAGCAGAAUGUUCAUUUUCUUGCUUAUGAGUGCCUGCAUGGUGUGCACCGUAGGUUUCAGCUUUCAUGGGACGCAAGUGAAAGUGAAAGCCAGUCAACAUGAGGUAACUUUAAAGAUCUGCAAUAAGGUGGUCUGUGGCAAUGUAUAUGCAAAGUGUGUAACUAUGGCUGAAGACAAACUGUUAUACAAUGAGUAACUAAUGACAGAUUUUAUGCUUUAUAAUGCAUGAAAACAAUUUAAAAAUAACUAGCAAUUAAUCACAGCAUAUCAGGAAAAAAUACACAGUGAGUUCUGUUUUAUUCGUCAUAGGUUCAUUAUAUUUAUGUUCUUUAAGCUGUAUAUAAGAACCUACCUGUCCUACUGUGUGUCAACCUGUUCCAUUUCCAUGUUCCAUGCUUACUCGGGCAUCAUGCUAGUAUGUAUCCUUUUAAGCACUCUCAAGGGAACAAAAGGGCCUUUUAUUUUUAUAAAGGUACAAAAAAAAUUCCCCGAAACAUUUUGCACUGAAUGUACCAAAGUUGAAGGGACAUUACAAUAUGACUAACAGCAACUCCAUCACUGGACAAGUAUAAUAGAAAAUAGCUUCUAAAUCAGACUUCCUUCACAGUGCCAUGUCUACCACUACAAGGACUGUGCAUCUAAGUAAUAAUUUUUUAAGACUCACUAUAUGUGAUAGUAUGAUGUGCAUUUAUUUAAAAUGCAUUAGACUUCUUCCAUCCAUCAAAUACUUUACAGGAUGGCAUUUAAUACAGAUAUUUCGUAUUUCCCCCACUGCUUUUUAUUUGUACAGCAUCAUUAAACACUAAGCUCAUUUAGGGAACCAUCAGCAACACCCAAGAGAUCAGCUCUCUUUAGUAAUAAGAAUUCCACUUUCCCUCGUCGGUGAAGACAUCACAAAUUGAAACUCUCAGUACUAUAUUUCUAAGCCUGCAUUUUCACUGAUGCAUAAUUUUCUUAUCAAUAUUAAGAAACAAUUUUUCUAUGGUAUCUCAGAAACUGCAUGAUAUCACUAAUGUUAUUUCUGCAUAGUUUUAUCAGAGGAUGUUCUUCAUUUUUAUUGCUUUUGGGGUUACUCCACAUCAUUGUUUUUUUCUUGACUUAUGGCCGUAACUAAUCGGAGUGAGUUCUUCAAUAGAGUGAAGUUAAAUCAUGGAUAAUAAAAGCACUGGAUUAGCAUUUGGUUUGCCAGCCUGUGAUUUUACAGGUGUUGCCCAAACACCUCUUUGAGAAUUAUAAGUAGCCAUGGAAUUCCUAUUAUGGGAUGUUGGCAAUCUUGUAUUUUAUAGGGUCACAUGCAUGGUUUUCACAGGUGGUUUAUAAGAACUAAUUGCUCUCCUGUUGGUUAAGCUAUGUUUACUGUUGAGACCCUCAAGAGAAAUACCACUCAUGUUGCAUUCCUGAACUAAAGGCAGGUACUAUAGCAUGGGGAAACGUUCCCCAAAAAAGGUUACUGAAAUCUGGAGAUAAGAAAGGAAGAUUUAUCUGUGUACUAUAAUUGGACCAGAGAAAAAGGGAAGAGAAAAAAGUUUUCAUUGGAAAUGUUAGUUUGUACUUAUUGAUCAUGAAUAUAAGUAUAUAUUUAAUUUUGCAAACUAUUUUUACUUGUUUGUAUUUUUUUCAUUAUAAGGAAAAAUAGUAGAACAUACUUAAAAAAAACCCACAUCUUUGAUUGUAUAUAAGAUGGUUCAGAGCUGGCAUUCUCUAAGCAGCUGGUAUGAAAGGUUACACAUUUCUUUCAAAAAUAGACCAUGUUAGCUUUCAUUUUGGUUUGUGACACUUUGUUAUCACAUUCCACAUUAUUAGGUAAAAGAGGUUUGAAAUAAAAUGCAUCUCUUUAAUUAAUCCUAACAAAUGUAUUUCUUGUUAAGGCAUCUAACUUCUUCCCAAAUAAUAGUAUAAUCAUCCACUGUUGCUAUUGUUCUCAGAAUUGGGAAUUACCAAAGAUGUACUUAACAUAUCAGAACACCAUGAUAAGUGAUCAUUAGUAAACAAAAAAGUCCAAUAGUAACUAUAAAAACAUUAAAUAACAUUUCCACAGAAUAAAUUAGACUUUAAUAUCCUCUACAAAUAGAAAUACCCAUAAAUAUUUUCUUCUGGACUCUGAGCCUAGAUGACCUGGCUGUGUGGUCUCGUUUUCUUUAAGAAAUUCAUGAGUGAUGCUUAUACUAUACUGUCUUCUAUAAAAGACAGUCAUGAUGCAUCGUGUAUGUAUGCAGAACGUCUCCUAGAUGAAGCCAGAGGCAAACCAUCAGCCUUCACUCUGUGCCAACCACUGUGUUUGAUGAUGAGCCACAAGAUUCAAAAUAUACCCUUGAGAAACUCACAGUCUAGAGGAGUAGACACUAAGGUUUAAAAAAACUAUUUUUAAUAAAAUUUGGUAUGUUCUACAAUUAAGGAAUGAGGAGAGAACGGCUUAUUCCAUUUGGGAAGCCCACUGAAGGCUUCAUACGUGGGAGAUACUGUGGCUAAAAAUAAAAAUCACAUAAAUGCUCUUUCUCUUGGCAACUAAUGGCACGUGAUAGUGUGUCAACACUGGGGGAGGCCCAGGGCACAUUCACACACAAGGGCUUAAAGUGCGCAGAUGGGGAGCCGAACCAUGAAGGAGCAGCUCAAGGAUCCUCAAAUUAUCAGAGAAAUGCCCAAAUUAAAUCCAGUACUUUCCCUGUUUCCUUUCAUCUGCACUGAAUGUACUUUUGGUUUUCAGUGGGAAAAAUCCCAGUCCUCAAGCGCAACCCACUUCUGGGGUCAGGACGUUUAUUUUGUGCAUAAAAAUGAAUGGAUUUUGGCUGAAGAAGUGUGGUCACAUUCUUCUAGCAUAUGUUGUGUUUAUAAUUUAGUAGACAUUCUGUAAUCAAUGAAGGAAAAUCUGUUUCACCUGCAUUAACAAUCAGAAGUACUGAAACUACAUUCAAAAUGAUUAACAGUUACGGUAGAAUGUGUGUGUGCGGCGCUUUAGAGUUUCAAAGUGCUUUCCCGUGCGUCAUCUUGUCUUUUGCUGCUCACAUGCUUCUGUGGGGUAGAAGGUAUCAAUCCCAGCUGGGUUGAGGCUGCUUUUCAUGGAUGGCUUGUAAGACCCAUUUCAGCACUUCAUGGUUACAAUUCUAGGUUUCAUUCCAAGAAAUGUGGAGACUAAUGUUUCUACAAACAUAUUCCACUAUCAGUGAAUUUUGCAAGAUGCUGCAUUUGCCCAAAUUCUCAUUUCUUCAGACACUCUUAAAGUGUGUCACCUUCUGAAAAUCCCAUGGAAGCAAUUAGUAUAUUCGUGGAAAAACUCCUCAUAGACUUAAUACUUGCAUUUUACUACUUGUUACGAGAAAUUUAAAACAAUGCAAAAUUUGAUGGCAUUUGGUGGAUUUCUACAGUAUAGUAGUUUAGUUUUCUCAGAUAUUACUUGGAAGCAAGAUAAUGGGGAAGAAAACCUGCUUUAAUCAGAAACCUUAUUUUAUUUUUUAAUAAAAAUAAAAGGAUGGAUCUAGAAGCUCUGGUAGCUAGGUUCCAGUGAUGUGGAUGAAGGAACACCUGCAGGUCCUCUUUUCCUCUCUGUCAUCUUCACAUUCACUCAAUUUUUGUCUGUCUUUCUGCACAAAUUGUAUUUAUGACUUGCCCACUUCUAACUAAGGCAAACAUCUUACAACAAAGAGCCUGAAAGUCUUUCCAACUUAACUAUAUUGGAGAAAUUCCCAAGGCAGGUGAAAUGAUGAUAUACCAUUAUUAAAAGACAUCUGUAACCCUGCACAGUAAAAACAUGCAAAAGAAGAAUGUGACCCACUCUCCAAACUGGGCCUGAGUCUCAGGCCCUAUUCCCUCUUAUCUGCUUUAGUUGAUGAGUGAAAGCACGCUAGAUCUUAGACACCUUACUUCCAUAAAACUUGAGUUUAAAUUAAUGAGCAUGUCACUUUUAUCAGAUUCUAAUUGUGCAAAAACUGUUACCUUUCUAGUUUGAUUGUUUUCCAGAUAGAUUUGUUUAUCUAACAUGGAAGCAAAGGAAGGCCAGAGACGGGGUGCCUGGGUGGCUCAGUUGGUUAAGCAACUGCCUUCGGCUCAGGUCAUGAUCCCGGAGUCCCGGGAUCGAGUCCCACAUCGGGCUCCCUGCUCAGCAGGCAGUCUGCUUCUCCCUCUGACCCUCCUCCCUCUCAUGCUCUCUGUCUCUCAUUCUCUCUCUCGCAAAUAAAUAAAAAAAUCUUAAAAAAAAAAAAGGAAGGCCAGAGACAUUAAAGCUUUCUAAAUUGUGGCUUAAGGACAAUGGUUGUCCACUAGAAGGGUGAUAGAAACAAAAAGCAGAAAAGCAAAAAGCAUAAAGAGAAGCCCAGCAGUUGUGUCCCCCACCUGCUGGAAUGUAAUGCUAAUUAUUGACCAACUGUCAAGACUCAGGAGUGGUAGCUCCAUUCCAAGGAGUGGGCACAAAGGAUAUAAUGGAUGUGUGUGCUACCCUUAAUCACAGCAAUCUGGGCCAGAAGGAAUGCAGGGAUGGUUAAGACAGGACCCUAGCAAAGGGAAAGUUAAAACAAGAGUUGGAAAAAUCGGGGCGCCUGGGUGGCUCAGUCAUUAAGCAUCUGCCUUCGGCUCAGGUCAUGAUCCCAGGGUCCUGGGAUCGAGCCCCGCAUCGGGCUCCCUGCUCAGCUGGAGGCCUGCUUCUCCCUCUCCCACUCGCCCUGCUUGUAUUCCCUCUCUCACUGUGUCUCUCUCUGUCAAAUAAAUAAAUAAAAUCUUUAAAAAGAGAGAGAGAGAGUUGGAAAGAUCAUCUUAGGGCUUCAAUUUGGUUUCUGACUUUGGGAGAAAAAAGAAAAAAAGAAUGUCGUGCUGCCUAGUGAGGCUACUGCUUGAUAAUCUCCCUGGUCAUGUAACUUUGGUAGGUUGGUAACAUCUUCUGUAUUGCACAACAGAAUUUAAAAGUAUUAAAGCUAACCAUAGAUGAAUCAGGAAAAUUUGACAAUUUAGCAUUACAUUAUGUCAUGGAUUUUAUUUAACUUCAGAAUUACUGUUGUUAUUAUUGAACUUUCUAUGUAAGUAAAAAAAAACAAAACUGUAGCUUGACAUAUUUAUGAUGCUUAAUUUGUUUCUCAGCAGACAUUCUUUGACUUUAGAAUAGCUUUUGGGACAUUUUCAUGGUUUCUUUAGUGGUUAUUUAAAUGUUCCCUAUUAAUCCAGAAAGCAAAAACUUGAGAAUUAGGUUGCUGAAUUGCAAAUGGAGAAGCUAAUCAGUGUUUCCAAUUUUUCGGGAAGCUAAUCAAGACUGAAAACACAUUUGCUUAGAUUUAAUCCGCUAGGCAGUUUAUUUGGCUUUCACAAUGGCACAGUUCAGCAGCAUUGGCAGGCCCUAGUUGUAGGGUUUCUGGGAAAAACAGGGAAAUUAAAUUUACAUACGUGAUGUUUACGUCCAGUGGCCUUGGGCAGGUGAUAUCUUUCUAAUUUUCUUUUAGGAUAUUACAACCCUGAGGAAUGUUGAUAGGUAUGUUGUGUGAUUCAAACUGAAUCAGCUAUUACUGAUGCAGGUAAGGAACCAUCAGUAAACUUCUGGUUACUACACCUUCUGUAAAAAAGGGAUAAUGUUUAAGAAGUACCUUGGAAGAAUUAACCAGGAAACACACAGAACUGAAUGUUCUUUUAGGACCCUAUGCUCUAAAAGCUGUUAUUACAACCUAUUUUUCUUUAUAUGAUAUCGUAAGUAAAAUUUGAAGCUGUUCAUAUAUUGGAAAGUGCAUAAGAUUACAUGUUUUUAUAAUAGGGAUGCAGGCAUUCCAAAAUAAAUAAAAAUACAUGCAUCUCUCUUGCCUCUUACUGAAAGUAUUAAUCUAAUUUUAUAAUAAUGCUUACUUUUUAAUAUUAAGGCUCUGUAAAAAAAACCAUAUUUAUUUCUAAGAUUUCAGUAGAGCACAGGUGAUGUAUUUUUUUAAGCCUUUCCAUUUCUUUUCACCAAUUCCACCCAUGUGUCUACUAUACCAGGUAUUCACAGUCAAGAGCUAUGUUUCUAUUUUUGUUGAGUUGAGUUAAGCUUCAUAUUCAUUCGAUGUGACUUUUAAUAGAGAAUAAUAAUGGGAGGUAUUUAGUAUUGGCAUUAAGACCAUACAGCUCCCAUUUCACCUUAUAUUUAAAUUUCAUCUGUUUUUUUUCCAAAGCAAAUAAUGCAGAUUGUUGACAUCCUCGGAAUGAUUUGUGGGUGGUAUUAAAUGGAUCCUGGGAUUCUGAAAUGUAGACUAGAUGUUGGUUUUCUGGAAAGUUUGUAUUCUUAUCCUCACCUGAACCCCUGACUUUUGUGUUGUAUUUUUUUAUGAUUCCAAAAUGCUUUGAGGGAAAGAUAUUUUAAUGUGUACAAUUUGUUUUAUUUUCA